AUGCUUGGGGCAGGGGGACCCGGCCCGGCCAUGAGCACCCACCUAGCCACGCCGCAGUAUGUGCUCUACCCCGGCGCGCCCACGUACGGGGACUACUACUGGUUCUCCGCAGGCAGCAUGGACAGCGUGCCCACCGAGGAGGCUCCGGCGCCGGACGCGCUCCCGCUGCCCGCCGCCAAGACGCCCAGUCCCUCAGUUGACUCUCCAGCUUCCUCCAGCUCUGGGACACUCACGCAGUACCACACCCCCGACUCCGCCACCAGCCCCACCGCAGCGGGGAGCCCGUCUCCCCACUCCUCUCUGCAGAAGGUCAAGGUGCAAGGCAAGGGUGUGGUAAAGACGGGCAAGAGCCGCACAGCCUUCUCGCAGGAGCAGCUGAAAGCCCUGCACCAGCGCUUCCAGAGCCAGAAGUACCUCAGCCCCCAGCAGAUCCGGGAGCUGGCUGCUGCCCUUGAGCUCACCUACAAGCAGGUGAAAACAUGGUUUCAGAAUCAACGGAUGAAAUUUAAGCGUUGCCAAAAGGAGAGCCAGUGGAUGGAUAAAGGGAUGUAUUUACCACAGAAUGGGGUUCAUCAGGCUGCAUACCUGGACAUAGCACCCACGUUCCACCAGGUCUUCCCUGCCGGUUCCAACACGAACUUUCAGGCUGUGCCCAACGUGCACCAGGCUUACAGCAGCGGACAGACUUACGGGAAUGGGCAGAACCUGUACUCGUUCCCCUCUGUGGAGGAUGAGGGGCUCUUUGGAAAAGGUGGGACAAGCUGCAAUACCCAGCAAACCAUGGGUUUAUUAAGCCAGCAAAUUAACUUUUAUCACAGCUACUUUGACAAUAUAGAUUAUGUCAGCGUGGAUGUUGAAGAUGCCUUCAACUUCCAGAACACCUCUGACACUGUCACAUCAUUUUCGAGCUCUCCUAUACAGAAUCAAUGCCAGUUACCUUGGCAGCCUAUGGGGACCCAGAGUGGGUAUACCGAGUCUCAGAUUUGA